AGACUAUCACGUCGGGAAUAAAAGUAUAAAAAUUUAAUAUUUCUUGCAUUGUUUAAAAAAAUGAAAUUUUAGAGUAUUCAAGCAACUUAUUGCAUUAGUUAUGAAUAACUAUUGUGUUACCAUAGUGGUUACUAUUAGAUUAGUUUCCUUUAUAAUCACUGCACCAACUUUAAGAUGGCAUCCAGAUUAUCCAAUACCUGGUACUUAUUUUAAUGCUUCUUUGGAAGAUCAGCCUUUUUACACUGCCAAUCUUGAUAUUGGUUGGAGUAUUGUGGCUGUUGUCCAGUUAGUUGAUAGCGAUACUGGAAAUUUAAUAGAACAUAACACACUAACUUUAAUAAAUCACUAUUCUAAAAGAGUAUGGGAUGCAGCUCAAAAUAAUAUAACUUUGGUUGAUAACUAUACUGGUGAUUUUUGUAUAGCAGACUUUUGGUUAAGGAACUCCUAUUUAAGAUGGGAAAAUUGGAAGCCUAAUUAUCGCCAAUGUGGAGUAGCUGGUCAAUGGAUAAAUAUGUAUAAAGGUGAAGCAUGGUUUAGACAAAUUUACUUUCAAAACCAAGCUUUUUCUGGAGAUGAUCAGCGGUUUCUUCAAGUUAAUAUAACUUAUAACAAUACUCAAUAUCUAAUCAACACUCUCCCAUUUUCUACUUACUCUUUUCGUUAUCUGCCUAAUGGUUUAAAAUUUGUAAAUCCGUUACCCGCAACUGUUGUUGCCAACACACCGUUUACAGUAAAACUUCAGGUAGUUAACUCAGAAGGUUUUCGAAUUAAUGAUACUCAAUAUUCUAACUGGGAAACCAUGUCUGCUGUAAGCUACAUUCAUAAACUGUACAGCAGACCAUAUGGAUUAUGGUUAUUUGAAACAGAUUGUGUUUUAGGUGGCAGUGAUGUUGUCACUACUGUGACCAAUGAUCUAGCUAUUUUUAAGAAUUUAGAAAAUGGAACUGUUGAUGUAACAAUGCAGUUAGAAGACAUUUUUGAAAAUUUGCAGCUUAAUUUUACUUUAAAGAAAAAGUAUCAACCGUAUCGAAGAUAUCCUGAAGAAGAAUUUGAUUCAGUAGCAAAUAGAAUGGAAACUUAUGAAUUAUUUUCCCCAUUUUUAAUUGAUGCCUCUUCUAACAGCUCCUUCAUUCGAUACAAAAAUUAUGAUCCUGUUAACUAUUUUAGAGGAACACUGCUGGCUAAUAUCACUGUUACAGCUCAAGCUGCUUUUCAAUUUCGAAUUGUUGCUGGUCAUACAUUUGUCGGAAAUCAAGGAGCUGGUCUUCAAAUUAUGAAUCCGUUACAAGUUGAAAUUAUUGACAUCAAUGGUAAUAGAGUUACUUCAGGACCUGACUCAAACUUGACUGUAACAACUUUAUCUGAUGUUCCUAAUACUUGCAUUUCUUCAGACAGUACUUUCCUCCUCAAAAGAGGAAUUGGUACGUUUUCUGGAUCUAUUUGCGGUUCUAUACUUUCAACAUCAUUAAAGUUUCAAGUUUCUUCAUCCAUUGGUACUCUUACUACCAAUUCAACUGCGCCAUUUUUAGUUCUCGAUACUUGGAAUUGGUAUGCUGCAACUGGAACAAGUCAAGAAGAUUCAGUUUUGUUAAGUUUGAAUUAUUAUCUAUCAAACACAUACUGGCUGGGUUCAAGAACUCCUAAUGUUUUUGAACAUUACACAGUUAAAGCUUUAAUCAACGCAUUAAAGGCAUCAAAGUUAAAUACAGCAGAUAGACUUGUUGCAAUGAUUGGACCAAGUGAUGAUGCAUUAACAGAUGCUUAUGCUGCAAUCGCUGGAGCUAAUGAUUACAUCAUGGUCAGCUAUACCAACACUAAAUCAAUAUAUUCAGACUCUACACGUUAUCCUCAUUUUAUGCGCGUCACAUUUACUGACAGUUAUAGGUUUUUAUUAAUUGCCAAUGCAUUAGCAAACAGGAAUUGGAAAAAAAUUGCUGUUGCAACAGUUAUAAACAUUCCUUUGCCUGAAGAGUUUCUUGUUCACACAACAUUUUUCAAAAUUUUAUAUGAUGUAGUUUAUUUUCCAAUAUAUAUCAAUAAAGAAAGCAUGGACAUCUUUUUCAAUGAUUUAAUCGCAACUAAAACAAGAAUCUUCUUUAGUUUUUUGAGUGGUGAUUAUUUGAAAGCAAUGGUUGCGCAAGUAGCCUUACGCAAUUUGACAGCUGAAAAUGGUUAUUUAUGGCUUGGUGAAGAUAAUAUGAUAAAUGAUUUUCCAUAUGACAAUGGAGGACUAUGUGCUAACAUAACACCUACCUGCGUAGAAGCUUUUAGAGGUGCAACAGUAUUUGAAACUCAUUAUCCAGUAUCUGGUUUUGAAGGUGGAAAUUUUGAUCGGUUAAAACUAGCACACGGUCAACAGUACCAUCAGGUUAUGACAUGGACAGGGGAUUAUUAUGAGAAAGUUGUUGCAACGUUAGCUUGGGAUGCGUUAUCUAUUACUGCUUCUGCACUUAUUUUUAUGUCUAAUAAUAAGCUCACAGUUACUUCCAAGUUUCUUCGAGAGUUGAUCCUUACUAAAACAUCACCUUUUACACUUACUGGAACUAUUUUAUUUGAUAAUAGUGGCAAUCGAAGAAAUUAUACAGCAUCAUUACUUCAGUUUGAUGGUUUGCCUGGAGAAAAUAACAGAUCAGUUUUGAAGAGAAAAAGAUAUUUAUAUCUUGGAGAUAAUGUUACUCUACAAAACAUCCUAAUUAAUAAUGCUCUUUGUGAGAUUUCUGUUGCUGGGCAAAAAAUGAUUUAUCAUAAUGUACUACAAAUCAAUAAAAACAGAAUCAGUUACAAUUCAAUAAAAGGUACAAUGAAUGAUGAUCUCAGUAUCAAUGGUCCCAUUGCUUUUGUAAAAACAGUUAUAACCGAAUAUAUACCGCCUGCUUAUUAUUGUAGUCAUGGGUGUGGUGGAAAACCUUUAGAUCUUAGUGAUCUAACCAUAUGGGAACAUGGCACAUGCAUAAAACAAGAUGUUUGUCAGUGUAAUCUAAAUCCUAAUACUGGAAAUCUAGGGUAUUCUGGGCCUACCUGCAACAUUACUAUUUGUGAAUUUUGUUCGUAUGGCACCUGUGUAAGCCCAGGCAAAUGUGUCUGCUAUGAAGGCUAUGUUAGUAGUGCUGAUAACAAUGAUUGUAGUGUUCCAACAUGUUACAAGUUUGGUUGUUCAGUAAAUGGAUAUUGUGCAAGUGCUGAUAUUUGUCAAUGCGACCCAGGUUUUUAUGGCCUUGAUUGUUCAAAAAAAUGUCAGUGUGUUCAUGGUCUAUGUAAUGAUGGAAAUAGUGGAACUGGAAAAUGUAGUUGUGAAUCGGGUUAUAUUGGAGCCACUUGCUCAACAAAAACACUGGCCAUUGCAAUUCCAGUUGUACUAGGUUGUAUAGUUUUGUUUGCACUUUUAUUUUUUAUUGGUCGUCAGAAAUACAAAGAAAUGCAACUUCAAGCCCAGCUCAUGAGCACCGAUUGGAAGGCAGAAUGGGAGACAAUUCGUUUACGACAAAAAGGGCAAAAAAGCAGCAUGAAAUCCUUAGCUAUUGAUGUCAGUAAAAUUUCAGGAAAUAGUGGUAUUUCAAAAGAAAUUGUUUAUAAUGAAAAUCAAGCAGUCUGGAAUAGUAAAGAUGUUAUGUUGAAAAGAUUGCGGAAGGAUGACAUUGAACUCAAUGAUACAAUACGUUGGGAAAUCAAACAAAUGAAAGACUUAAAACAUCCAAAUCUAUGUCUUUUUAUUGGUGCAUGCCUUCAAUCACCAAAUGUUUCUAUUUUAAAUGAAGUUUGUGCAAAAGGAAGCUUGGAGGAUAUAUUGUAUAAUGAUGAUAUUGCACUUGGAUGGAAUUUCAAAUACUCGAUGCUAAAAGAUAUUUGUCGUGGUAUGAUGUAUUUGGCAUCAAGUGAAAUAAAAUCUCAUGGCCGCUUGAAAAGUUCUAACUGCUUAGUUGAUAACAGAUGGACUGUUAAACUUGCAGAUUAUGGCUUGAAAACAUUUCGAAGCAAUGAACAGGGUGUGCGAUUGUUUUCACCUGGUGAUGGCCUUGGUGUUAAUAUCCCUACUCAAGAAGAGUUGGAAGGCUGUGACUAUUAUAAUUUACUCUGGACUGCACCAGAAAUUAUUAAUACAGGUGUUUCUCAUCCAAACCAUGUUGGUUACGGAAACAUAAAAGCAGAUGUAUACAGCUACUCUAUUAUCAUGGUUGAGAUGUGCACAAGACAACAGCCGUUUCACGAGUUAGACCAAAUAAAAAUUGAAAAGAUCAUUCAAAUGGUAGGAAGACUAAUACCUAUACCAAACAAUGUCGCUACUGUUGAUUGUAGAGAUAACGAAGGCAUACCAAUAAAAGCUUUGAGACCACAAGUAGAUACCUCUGAUUUACCUGAAGGUGAAAUUCAAGCUAAUGCUUACAAAAAUCUUUUAAAAGAUUGUUGGAAUCAAGACUUUAACUGCCGUCCUACUUUCGCUAAAAUAAUACAACAGCUCAAUACAAUAUCCCCUCAUCGUGGUGAGUUGAUGGACAAUUUAAUUGCUCUUAUGGAGCAGUAUACAAAUAGUUUAGAAGCAAUUGUUGCUGAAAGAACUAUGGAUUUAAAAGAGCAAAAGGAUAAAUGUGAUUUACUACUGACAAAAAUGCUUCCUCCGUUGAUUGCAGAAGAGCUCAAAUCAGGAAAUAACCCAAAACCUGAAUUUUUUAGUUGUGUCACUGUUUAUUUCAGUGAUGUUGUUGGUUUUGGCAAAAUGUGCUCAACAUGCACCCCAUAUGAAAUAGUUGAUCUUUUAAAUGAUCUUUAUUCUGUUAUGGAUGAUAUCAUUGAGUCGUUUGAUUGCUAUAAAGUUGAAACAAUAGGAGAUUGCUAUAUGGUUGUUUCUGGUUUGCCAGUACGAAACGGUGAUCAGCAUGCGUGCGAAGUUGCAAACAUGUCGUUACAACUGUUAUCAUCUCUUAAUGGUAUUGGGUAUAGACAUUUAGCUGGAUCUCAAGUCCAACUUCGAAUAGGAAUGCAUUCAGGACCUGUUGUUGCGGGAGUUGUUGGAAUUAAGAUGCCAAGAUAUUGUUUGUUUGGUGAUACGGUUAACACUGCUUCUCGUAUGGAGAGCGGUGGAUUCGCCUUGAAGAUUCAUCUAUCCGAAGAUACUUAUAAAAUCUUGCAGACGUUUGAAGGGUAUCAGUUUUUUUGUCGUGGCGAGAGACAAGUAAAAGGAAGAGGACUAAUGACAACAUACUAUCUUAUUGGUAAAGAAGGUGCAAGUUAUAAUCUUCCUACCGAGGAUAUGGCUCUUUCAGCAUCGCAACACUAUUUUAAAUAAAUGUUUUAACUUGUGACUUUAAUUGUUUA